AAUAUAAUUGAUCUUUAGAGUGAAAUAGCAGCAUAUUGGGGACAAAUUUAUUCGAAUGGGCAUGGUGACACUUUUUGCUCUCCAUUCCAGCAUGGGACUCUGGUCCAGGAUAGCUCCAACAUCUGCCAGCUCUAUCAUGAUAUUGUUUCUUGUGAAACAGGCCAAAGGUUCUCUACUGGAAAAAACCACUACUGGAUGGAACAAAUACAAACAGGAGUGCUUGAAAAUGCUGCAGGAAUCAUCUGUAGAUAGUGGAGUCCAUUGCAAUGGGACAUUUGAUCAAUUUGUUUGCUGGCCUUACUCACCCCCAGGAAAUGUCUCCGUUCCUUGUCCUUCGUAUUUGCCAUGGCUGGAAAAUGGAAGUGUAGGACAUGUAUACAGAGUCUGCUUGGAUGAAGGGAUUUGGCAAACAAAGGAAAAUUCCACAGACAUUUGGCGGGAUAGUUCAGAAUGUUCUGAGAAAAAUCAUUUCCAAAAAAAUGUAAAAGAACAUAAACUACUCACCACGUUACAGCUGUUGUACACGAUAGGAUAUUACUUUUCUCUCAUCUCACUGGUACUAGCUCUGCUUAUACUUUCUUUACUCAGAAAACUUCACUGCACAAGAAACUACAUCCAUAUGAAUUUAUUCGCAUCCUUUAUCUUGCGUGCUGCAGCAGUUCUGAUAAAAGACUCUGUGUACUACAACAUUUAUUCCAAAAGGCCAAAUGAUGAAAGUGGAUGGAUAUUAUACCUCAGUCCAGAGAUUGUAAUCAUUUGCAGGACUGCCCAGUUUUUCAUGCAUUACUUUGUGGGGGCAAAUUACUUCUGGCUGUUAGUGGAAGGAAUUUACCUGCAUACAUUAUUGAUAACUGUGGUGCUCUCUGAAAGAAGACUGCUCCAGUCAUACAUUGUCAUAGGAUGGGUUGUUCCAAUCCUGUUUGUGGGCCCAUGGGGAAUAAGCAGAUCCAGACUGGAGAAUACUGGGUGCUGGGGAACAAAUGAACACAUGGGAAUCUGGUGGAUCAUCCGAGGACCAAUGUUAUUUUCCAUUGCAGUUAACUUUGGCAUCUUCUUAAAAAUUCUCAGAAUGCUGAUUUCCAAACUAAAAGCUCAGCAAAUGACCUUCCACGACUACAAAUACAGAUUGGCAAGAUCUACACUUGUGCUGAUUCCAUUGUUGGGGAUCCACGAAUUUGUGUUUACCUUCAUCACUGAUGAACAGGUGGAAGGACUUUCAAGACAUAUAAGACUUUUCAUUCAGCUGACAAUGAGCUCAUUUCAUGGAUUUUUGGUAGCAGUUCUCUAUUGCUUUGCUAACGGAGAGGUGAAAGCAGAGCUGCAGAAGCAGUGGUCCCGCUUCCUGCUGGCAGAUCCCUUUGGCUGCAAGCUCUGCUUUCUAGGGGAAAACAUCAAAUACCUCAGGAAGUGCUCACAGAAACGGCAAAAACAGCAGCUGAGCAGCAGGCAGCGCUUCUGCCUGGAGCUGAGCAAGCCCUGGGAGCUGCAGCUGCAGAAGGUGCUGGGCAGGCAGAGCACAGAGGCCACGGCAGGCCCUGCCCAGAUGAGCAUGUCCGACAGCAGCGAGGGAGAGGUCACCACCGGCGAAACCACCGAGGAGGUCUUCGAGGAAAGCGAAAUUUAG